GGAUUUAGCCUGGGAUAGUUUCCAUAGACAGGAUUUAGCCUGGGAUAGUUUCCAUAGACAGGAUUUAGCCUGGGAUAUUUAGUGUAGGUCAGCCGUUGACUAAGCAAGUAGCCUGGUUUGACAAGGACACAAGACGGGCAGUUAGCCUGGUUUAUUUAGCCUUAACCUGACAGGCACUUAGGUUUCGUUACAUACCUUUAGCUUGACACGGAGUUUGUCCUUGGAUAGGUAGUCUCAACCUGAUAGGCAAUUAGCCGGAGUUACUUCAAAGUAGCCUAACAGGCAGGGGUGUUGGCAUAGUUAGCCUUCAUGUAGCAUGCAGUUAGCAAGGGUUACUCAGAUUUAGCCUAAAAGUCAGUAGUUUAGGCAUAGUUGGCCUUCAUCUAGUACUCAGUUACUUAGACUUAGCCUAACAGGUAGUAGUGUUGGUGUAGUUAGCCAUCUUCUAACAGCCAUUUAGUAGGGCUGACUCUAAAUUUGCAGAACAAGCCUUAACAGGCAGUUAGCAGGGAUUAGUCUUGACAGGCAGUAAAGUGGGUUAGCUAGUCUUAGCCUAACAGGCAGUUAAGUUUUGUUACUUAGCUUUAGCUUGACACGGAGUUUGUCCUUGGAUAGGUAGCCUUAACCUGACAGCCAGUUAGCCAGAGUUACUUCGCCUUAGCCUAACAGGCAGUAGUAUUGGUAUAGUUCGCCUUGGUUUAAUAGGCAGUUAGCCUAUGUUACUUAGCCGUAGGAGUAACAGGCAGUGGUUUUGGGAGAGUUAGCCUUCAUCUAGUAUGCAGUUGGCAAGGGUUACUCAGACUUACCCUAAAAGUCAACAGUUUAGGCAUAGUUGGCCUUCAUCUAGUACUCAGUCACUUAAACUUGUUAGGCUAGCCUUAGCCUAACAAGCAAUAGUGUAAAUAGUGUAGGCAUAGUUGACCUUCAUCUAGUUCUCAGUUACUUAAACUUAAUCUAACAGGUAGUAGCGUUGGUGUAGUUAGCCAUCUUGUAACAGCCAUUUAGCUGGGCUUACUUUUCCUUUGCCAACAAGCCUUAACAGACAGUUAGCAGCAGUUAGCCUUAACAUGCAGGUAACCUGGGUCAGCUACCCUUAGCCUUAGCCUGCUAAGGCAGUAGCGUUGGUAUAGUUUGCCUUUGUUUAACAGGCAGUUAUCCUAUAUUAUUCAGCCUUAGCCUAACAGGAAGUAGUGUUGGUAUAGUUUGCCUUCGACUGAUUGGGAAUUAGCUUAGCUUGUCUAGACUUCAUUUGACAAGCAGCUAACGUUGGCAUAGUAAGACUUUAUCUGUUUUUCACCUGACAAGCAGCUGACCCUUGGAUAGUUUAGCUUAGCCUGAUAGCCAGUUAGCCUAGUCUAGGAGUUAUCCUGGUAUGCCUAGCCAUAUUUUCAUGGUUAAGUUUAAGCUUCAUUUUGUAUUCAAUGGACUAACAUGUAUGGUUGGAUAGUUAGCCUCAGCCGCACGGUUGUGAUAGCUAUCACAGCCUGGUCAGUACUCAGUGUGGGCUGUGAGCGUUGCAUAACCUGGAUUUUGCCUGACUGCUUGUUCAUUUCUUAUAUCCAAUGGGGUGUUUUGGUGGUAGAGUUUGCUUUAUGUCAACCAGGAAUCUAAGAUAGGUUUUCUUUAUGUCCUCAUCACCAUCCUGACGUAGCAGUAAGUUUACUGUAGAUGAACAUUAAAGGCAAAACAUAUUGGCAUCACAUUUCUUUCAAUGACGCCCCUCGGAGCCUCUCUAGAUGAUCAGAGUGCUUCUCCCAGUAAAGGAGCGCUGAGGAACGGCUGCAGCUUUGAAGAUGACCUUUCACUGGGAGCUGAAGCCAACCAUCUUCAGUCCAGCAACAACAAAACUGAAUCCUGUUUUGGUCUGGCGGCGGAUCAGAAGAGGAGUCAGUACAAGGAGAGGGGGAGAAGUAUGAACUCGACAGGAUCGGGGAAGAGCAGCACCGUUUCCAGUGUGUCGGAGCUGCUGGACCUGUACGAAGAAGAUCCUGAGGAGAUUCUCCUGAAUCUCGGUUUUGGUCGAGAAGAACCCGACUUGUCCUCGAAGAUUCCCUCCAGGUUCUUCAACAGCACGUCUUCAGCGCGAGGCAUCGACAUCAAGGUUUACCUGGGAGCUCAGCUGCAGCGCAUGGAACUGGAGAACCCCAACUACGCCCUGACCAGUCGUUUCCGUCAGAUCGAGGUCCUGACGACGGUCGCUAACGAGUUCUUCCAGCUCUACAGUCAGGUUUCCGGACAGCCGGUCCAACGCAUCAGCUCCAAAGACCUCGGAGGAGACGGAGGAGAAGGAGGCGGAGCAGGAAGCGUCGGUGAACAGUCGCCUCCUCAGAAGAAGAGCAGGUCGGCCGUGAACGUCGCCAAGCAGCUCCUGAAGAAGAGCAUCAGCAAACACAACCUGCUGGCGGCUUCGCCCGAGUCGCCUGAAGGUCAGACGAGCAACCAGCAGCCGAACGGACACACAACCGCCUCCGAUCACACACACACCAACGGACACGCAUACGCCGGCACGGAUCAGGACGACUGCAGGACCACCUCCGGCCACCAGGUGGAGACGGUCAGCCAGAAGCACACACGCAAGAAAGACAACUGUUCCCUGGCGACGGUUACCGAGGAAACCAACGGAGAUGGAGAGUCAGAUCGGCUGACAGACAACAGUCCUGACCAGAGCAGCACCGGACCACAACCAGACUCAGCCGACCUUCAGUCAACCAAUCAGAGAACAGAAGAGGGAGGUCAGGAGGUGAAGGAGGAGAAGAACCUGACCUCCACCUCAGAUAAAGCUCCUGCUAGCCUCACACCGCCUCAGCUGGCCCAGCUUCGCUCAGAAAACGCUGACUCUUUUGACAUGGAGGAGAUUCAGAGCAACGAAGAUGAGUCGCAGUCCAGAACGUCCAGAGCCGCCGACCUGCUGAGGACGGUCAGCCAGCAGUCAGACAGCAGCGGUUUUGCUGAAGAGCCGUCAGCCGACUCCAACAGCAACCUGAAGGUGCAGGACAGCAGUGACAGCUGUGACAGCGAGACCACUGUGACAUCACAUCCUUCACAAGAGGUGGCCACGCCCCUCGCAAUGGACCAACCAGCGUUUGAUCUACCAGAUGGCAGAGAGGAAGAGGCAGGGCCUGUUGCUGCUGCUGAGGCUGAUGGGAGUUGUAUUUCCAGGGAAGAAGACGCAGCAGGAAGUCCAGAGCCGGUUCCUCAGUACACGGCUCACCAUCUCCCACGAAGCCGACCAAUGGGAGCACAGCAGGAGGAGAUCCAGGACGAGGAGGAAGCGGAGAGUAGUGACCAGACUGAUCCAGAACCAGACACUACCCAGAGCAUAUCCGCUGCUGAACCAGAACCACUACCAGAAUUAGAAAAUGUGCAGAAUCUGUCUGUUUCAGAACAAGAACCACAACCAGCUGAGGCCGCCGCAGACACAGGUCUGUCCACAGAGGGAGCUGAGAGCGUUGAGGUCCAAGCAGAAGCUCCGUUCUCAGAUGAUUCUGCUUCACUUCAUCCUCCUGCUCCAUCGUCUCCGCUUCAGAGUGCUCUGAACCGAGCCAGACAGCAGCAGCUGAACCGGGCGGGUUCCCAGAGCAACAGGACACCCCAAACUUCAGCAGGGAGACGAAGCUUCAUCCCCCUGCAGAGAUCCUCCUCCCUGCCCUCCUCCAUCCUCACGCCCCCCAGCAGAGCCGCACCUUCUGUCAGAAUCCAGUUUGGGCGAGGCCAGACGUCCUACUACACCCCGCCCAAACAACCCCCCAGAGACGCCCGGGGGGAGGCGCAGGAAGAGGAGGACGAAGGACAAACCAACUACUUGUCAACCAUCACCAUAAACCCCGGCUCCACGUUUGGCUCCAACAAAAAACCACUUCCUGCCACCCCACCAAAACCCUUCCCUCGCCAUCUGAUGCGGUCGUCCUUUUCGUUACAGAGCUCCAGCCCUCCUCCUGAUUGGUCCCCAGGAGGCCACGCCCAGUCCUGGAGCACCCAGAGCGUUCCGGAUCUCUCGUCCAAUCGGCAGCCACCCGUCCACUUUCCAGCCAACGAACAGCAUCAAAGUUGGAACCCAGGGCAGAUGACGUUCCCCAACCCGUUGGCUCAGUGCUCCGACUGCAGCUCCAGCCCCUGCCCCUUCACCAUAAACCCUCCACCCCAGAGCCCGUCCCCUCUCCAUCCAUACACUAGCCUUCCUAACCUCCAUCACUACCACCACCACUCCAGUCUAGCCAGCCUCCACCAGCCAAAUACCCCUCCAGUCCCUCCACACGGCAGCAUGUCCACCUUUCACCAUCCCUCCACCUCCGCAGCUCCUCAUCUUGUCAGUCUGGGUCACUUCCCUCCUGGAUCUCCCACAAUGCACCACCAGGGCUACAACCAUCUGUAUAACCAUCAGUUACCUUACAGUGCCGCUCAUCACGGCUCCCUGUUUGCCUCACCCUACCUUGGUUCCCACGGCUACAGCAUGAACCCACACGUGCCUUUCCCUCAUCCGGUCACCCAGUAUUCACCUCUGGCCCAUGAACACAGCCUCUACCCGGGACUAGCACCUUCUGCCCCAGGCUUCCUCCACCCGAGGCUUGGAGUUCCUGCUGCUAACCCGAGCAGCACUGAGAUGCAACUGAGGAGGGUUCUGCAUGAGAUCAGGGGAACAGUUCAGAGUCUGGCUCAGAACCGAGCUGAUACUCCGGGUGCAUUCAGUGAUCACAGCACAGCUCUGGCCAGCAACCAGUCUUUGGCAGAGUUUCAGCAGAAGAGACGGAAUCUGAACUUGUUCCGCAGUCAGAUGAUGGACCUGGAGCUGUCGAUCCUCCAGCAGCAGGCCGUUGUCUACAAACACCUGAGCCCCGCCGACAGGUUGGAACUGGAGCAGCUUCAGUCUCUGAGAUCAGCCGUCAGAGAGGAGCUGCAGGAGCUGGAACAACAGCUGGAGGACCGACUGCUGGAGCUGACACACAACACACAACACAGGGGUCUUCGUAUGGACCAUAGCGUGGACGGUCUGUCCACCGCCUCUGCUCUGAGAGCCAUGGAGCCGGUCAGCACACAAACACUCACACAGAUGUCCGACCUCCUCAGAGAGCAGCUCUUCCUCCAAUCAGAGAUCAGCUACGGUGGCCACGCCCCCUCCACCUCCCCGUCCUCCCGGGCGUCCAGUCCGGUCGGAGGAGGAGGGGGAGGAGUGUAUAAAGCAUCCAUCAAUAUCACUCCUGCCCUCCGUCCUGGACCCAACAAACACACUGAGGAGGAGGAGGAGGAGGAGAACAAGGAGGAUGUAGAGAAGGACAGAGGAGCAGCAGAAGAAGGAGGAGGAGGAGGAGGAGAAUCACCAGAGGAAGAGGGAGCAGCAGGAGGAGUCAGAGUGGACAACCUGCAGCAGCUCAUCAGCGAGAUUCGAAGGAGCGUAGCGCAGGAGGUCCGACGGGAGAUCUACAGCGAGCUUCUUGCCACCGUGUCGCCGCAGCAAUCGCCUGUUCCGUCCCGGCAACACCCCUUGUAGUCAUGACAACAGCAGAGCACCGCCCCCCUUAGCAACCGACACCACUGUCUGUCUCUAACACUGUACAGCUGAGUAACACUGUGUCUGUAACACUGUAUGUCUGAGACACUGAUGACGGGGUGAACACCUGCGUGGGAUAAACUCCGCCCACCUCACCUGUUUCCAGUCGAGGUGGUGUGAUGUAGUCUGUUCCCCAUCAGUGGAGAUGUUUUGUCUUUUUCUUUUCUGGGCUGUUGUGAUGAAAGGCCGGCCUAACUGCUCCCACCGCCACUAAUACUACAAAUACUACAAUUACUGCUACCAGUACCGCUACCAGUAUCUCCACUACUAAUCCCAGUCCUGUUGGCCCUCAUCCCAGCGUGAGAUCAGAACGUUUGCAGAAGUUUUGCACUAAUAUUUCUACUUUAACACAUCAGAUCAGUGCAAUUCCACGGAAUAAUCCUAAUAAUAAUCAGCAUCUUGUUACAUAAAACGAUAAGUUUCAAACUGUGUGUUUUAUGUGUUCAGGAUCAUUUCAUAUAAAAAUAUAUUUUAAAAAAAUCACAAUCAGUGUUUCAAACUGCAGCAAUUAAAGGGCCAGUUCACGCAAUUUACAACAGAAUGCAUACAUUUCCUCUCUUCCUGCUUAUUUUUUCCAGGUUUUGAGAACUUUCAGUGUGAGAUUUGUGCCUUUUUACCAAAAAUUAAGAUAAAAUGAAUUCAGUUUGUGCUGCUCACCGCUGUGAAACAUGACAUUUAAAAUAACUGAAACAGUGUCUUGGUUACUCUGAAGAAUCCAAACACUUUCAUUUGGAAUAUUUCUAAAUAUAACUAGCUCAAUAGCAGAGAAUUAAGAUUUCAUUGAUUUAGCAAUUAGAAAAUAUAUUUACAAUACCAAAAUCAAAAGUAACUUCUUGUGUAAAAACAUUUAAAAGCCAUUAUUGCACUCGUAGACGUUGGGAUUCUUUUCAUAAAAUUUAACUUUUUAAUGUUGUGAACAGCUCAGAUUAUGUCCCGUUGUCCUGCAUCAUGUUGAGGUGGAAGCAGAAAUCAGAUAUCUAUGGGAAAUGCCACUUAGAGGGAAGAGAGGCGAUAUGUACAGCUGAUCUGGCUUUAACAUUCCUCACAGAUACUAAAAAUCAUACGGAAUCUGACUUUUCACAGCCUCCAGGACGUCGCUGCAUUCCAGAAACUGUACUAAUUUGGUUUAGAUUUGCUGAUGGUCAAACUGAAGCUUGUUUCCCCUUAAAGCUACUCAUUCCAUGUACAUUUCACCUUAGCGUCAAAGUAGAAAGUGUAGACGUGUAUAGAAUUAUGAUACAUCACCAUCAUCAUCCUCAUCGUGCCUCCACUGCUUUUGCCUCAUUCACUGUCAUGAGACAAAAUGACAAAAACAAUACACAAAAUGACAAAAACGAUACACAAAAUGACAAAAACGAGACACAAAAAGGCAAAAACGAAACACAAAAUGGCAAAAACGAGACACAAAAUGACAAAAACGAGACAAAAUGACAAAAACGAGACACAAAAUGACAAAAACGAGACACAAAAUGACAGAAACAAGACAAAGUGACAAAAAUGAGACACAAAAUGACAAAAACGAGACACAAAAUGGCAAAACUGAGACAGAAAACAAAAACAAGACACAAUGACAAUAAAGCAACAAAAUGACAAAAAUGAGACACAAAAUGACAAAUGAGACAUAAAAUGACAAUAACGAGACAAAAUGACAGAAAUGAUACACAAAAUGACAAAUACGAGGCACAAAAUGGCAAAGCUGAGACACAAAAUGACAAAAAGGAGACACAAAAUGCCAAAACUGAGACACAAAAUAACAAUAACAAGACACAAAAUGACAAUAACGAGACAUAAAAUGACAAAUAUGAGACACAAAAUGACAAAAAUGAGACACAAAAUGACAAAAACGAGACAUAAAAUGACAAUGAGACAAAAUGACAAAAACGAGACAAAUUGUACACUGCUGUUCAGUCCAUAAAACAGUGAAACAGCUUCAUUUACGUGCAUUUAAAUAACAGUUUUUACAAAUUUAAAAUCAGAUUACAUUAGAUUUUAAAGCUAAAACUUAAUUUGGAGUAUGAACUGAGGUCACCAAAACCUCGACUUAGCGGGUCUGUUAGCAUGCUGUCACCUUCUUUUCUUUUUUCUAUCUGCACCUCUUCAACAAGUGAGACGUAGCAUUUAAUUUAGACAGCUUUUGAGCUGUUGGAAGGUGUUUUUGCUUUCCUGUCUUGAGCGCUAGCAGUUUCCCACCAUUUCCAUUCUUUGUGCUAAGCUACGCUAAAAACACCCUGACGAUGUGGGAGCGUUUUGGUGUGUGUGACUGAGCAGGUGAUGAGGUCGGCGUGUGAUGAAUUUUUUAGACUGAGCGUUCAGAGGUUUUGGUAAGUUGUCAUGGUGACAGUGAUGAUGAUGGUGGUGAUGCAAUGUCCGGUCAGAGGGAGGAGCUUCGUGAGCUUUAGCCGUGUUAGCAUGUUAGCUUCACUCCACGUGCAAUAAUGUGAACAUAUACAUGUAUAUUGAUCAUAAACCGAGGUUAUUGGUAGGAAAUUAUCACAACAAUGCUAACAUUUCAAAUGUGAUCGGCCACAUCUGACACAGAUUCAUGUGAAACUUAGCGGUUUUACCGAGAGAAAUUAACACCGAAUCCACAGGACUGACUGAUCACUAAUUCCUAAACUUCUGUUUCCUUCAGCAUUAAAACCUGUGGAGUGUUUGUUUGUGAGAUCAGUGACUAAAAAUCUUAAACCUGGGAGCUAAGUCUGAUUAGCCGAGAGAGCUAAUCAAGGCAGACACAACUUUAAGUAGCAAGGUUUUUUUUUGUUUUAAAUCUUCAUAAUGAGAUUCAGAACAUUUUUACAGACUUGCAUUAGAGAUAAAAUGUGCUUAAAGCUGAUCUUUGUUUACAUCGAUGUUUGUUCCUGUAAAGCUCAGAGCAUCACUUCCUAAUAAUCUGGAGCUUUCAGACUCAUCCAGUGGAUUAAAUGUGACUAAAUAUGAACUUCCAGUCACGUAAGUCCUCCUAAUUGUCAUUAAUAACACCUAUGACCUUCAUUCUGUUGUGAAUUCAUUGACUUUUUUUGUAGAAUACUUUUUUUUCACAUUCACAGAUCAUAAACUCUGCUCUGCUGGACCAACACUCACUUCUUCUUUUACUGAUCCAGAGUCCUUCACACGUCUAUCUUCACUUUAUCAUCUGACUGUUGGUGUCUAAUAGUUCCUGUUGAUGUCUAAUAAUGAUGAUGUGUAUUUUGUACUGAUGUCUUUUAAGUGGGAUGCAGGGAGGGGUCACUCUGUAGAGAUGAGAAUAAUAAAGAUGUAUUUAUUUUCAGUA